AUGAUUGAAGAAUCUGAGGAAGUCACUUGCCAGAGGCAACAGAGGGGAGCUAGUGAAAAGUCUGGAAGACUGUUCAUCCAAAAUUUGAACUACACAGUUGACCAAUUUGAAUUAACAGAACAUAUUCCCAGGGGACUGGAAGCUCCAGGGCCAAGUACUGCCCGCGCACCCUGCAGACCCCGGGUCCCGAGUCCUUCAACUGUAAGGUUCCAUCCAGUCUGUCUCCGCUUAGGGCAGCCUACGUGCAGUGACGCCGCCUCCAGGGCCAAGAAACAUAAGAAGAAGAAAAACCGGAAUGGGGCCUCUGUGGCGAAUGUAGGCGGGAAGGCCUCAGAGAAGCCCGCUGCAGAGGAAGCCCCGCUAAGCGUUGAGGCCCAGGCAGAGCAGCUGGCCCGGGAACUGGCCUGGUGCGUGGAGCAGCUGGAGUUGGGGCUGAAGACGCAGAGACCCAACCCUAAGCAGAAAGAGCAAGCUCUCGGGGCAAUCCGAACCCUGAGCAGCCAAAGAACCCCCCUGCCCUGGAAGAGGCAGCUGAUGCGCUCCUUGUUUGGAGACUACAGGGCUCAGAUGGAAGCUGAGUGGCGCGAGGCCCUGCGGGCUCUCAGGACCGCAGACCACUCGGCCCAGGUGCAGCCUGUAGGUGAGGCCACCAGAAGGAAGAGCCGAAAGGUCUGCAGGCCCCAUCUAGCAAGGGGAGCCAAGGAUAUCCUAGACACUCCUCAUGAAGAGUUCAGGUUCAACUUCUUUUGGCCUCUUCCCCAUCCAGGACAGUCCCCCUUCGCAGGUGGUAGAGGGGUUUGUCUUGAGUGCAGAGCUUUUCCAGGGAUGCUUUGUCAGACAGAUGUGGGAUUGGUCUGUCCCUGGCUGGUCACUGAAUCUUGUGUUGACCCAAUUCACUUGGAGACUCCAACUAUACUGGAGGGUCGAAGUAAAGGGGCAGAGUCAGGGGGUGAAGGGGUCUGGCCAGGAUGUGGUGGGUGGAAAUUGGAAAGAGUGGGAGGAAUAUUCUUGUCUUAACAGGGAUGUGGUUGGACCUGGCACUGAUGCAACUCCUUUUCAGUCCUUGUAUGGGAGUUUUGGGUUGUUGUCAUGGGAAUUGUCAACCUGGCAUGAUUCUGUUGGGUGUGUCGUUUAGCAUGCUAAUACAUUACAAUGAACGUGUACUAAGGCUCAAGGUGGGCUGGAAGACAUAUAUUCUGCAGUCUUGGACCCUAGUCUGUUCUAAUCAGUUUUUGUGCUUUUCUCUAUGCAGCUUCCUCCUGAAACUUAGAUAAGAGUAACUGGGUUCCACUCAAGGGAGGGGCAGGGGUAUGAACUCGGGGCAACAGAGUCUGAUAUUUCAACAUUUUGAUGUAUCUUGUGUCUUCUGUUGUAUGAAAAAUUCAGAAUUCUGUUGUGUGAAAAAAUUCAGAAUUGCUUGUGUUUGCAAAUUGAAAGUUGACAGUCUAUAGUCUUUAAGAAUAUUCAGCUAGCUACUUAGAACGCUUUAUUUGAUAUGAGUGGGUCUUUUUAAUGAGAUUUUUGUCUGACUGCAUUGUGUGAUGUCCUCUGAGGCACCACGUUGAUAUUUCUGCUGUCUUAACAAAGGAUUUUCCAGUCACAUAUGUUUUCCUGACCAUGCCCUGCAUUUUAUCUUUGUUUAGAAUACUUUUUCUUGGGGAGGCAAUAAAGUUUAUUUUGGGAGAUACUGUUAAACAAAAUUAAAGUUGUGUACGUUAGCAACUGUCGAAUGAAAUAAAUGCACAGCCUAAAAAAAAAAAAAGAACGUACUCCCAGCAAACAGAGAAUAUGAAUGCUUUUUAUUUACAGAUGAAAUGUGUAAAAGUUUUGCUACUAAUUUUAAAUUAAGUAAUAUAUUUACAUGGUAUAAAUUUAAGGUGUAUAUAGUUAAAAAAAAUCUUUUACCCCCCACCACAGUUUUCAAACAUCUAGUUCUCCUUCCUCGAAUGAACCACUGAUAGUAGUUUCUAUAUUUUUGCAGAGAUAUUCUAUACAUACACAAACAAAUGCAUGUAGAUAAAUUAUUUUUUCUAACAUAUUCUGUGCACUCCGCUUUUUAUUUUUAUCUCUAUUCUUUUAGUAGUUACUAUUGAAAUUAUAACUUGCACCCUUAACAAAGUAAUAUUAACAUCUCUACCUUUUUCCCCAAACCAUAAAUAAGUUUAAAAAUCUGAUUU